AUGCACCCUUUCCUGUUUCCAUUCCCUGUUCUCUCACAGCACUGUUCUAUCACUGCCAUUCCGUUCCGUUCUCACAGCCGGUCCAUUGGAGUCCCUGAUGUUUUGAUCUUCAACAACAAUCGCCUUUUCCAGUUCUUCCUCAAGACCGAUUCAUCUGCAACUGCUGGGUUUACCCAGCUACCGAUUAAUACAAGCUAUAGUGCUGAUGUCUCUCCAUGUCGUUGUAGUGUGUUGGCCAGUUGCUUUUGUAGUUUGGUUCAACAAGCUUUUCCAGACCUAGAGAGUGUUGUUUACAAGGAGCGUGGUUAUCUUGUUACUGAUGAAGUGUUUGAGGCAUUGGCAAAAAUUGGAUUCUCGCUGGACUCUCCUGCUUUUUACACUGUCUGUGAGAGUUUUGAUCAAAAGAAGAAUGAAAGAUUCAGAUUAGAUGAUUUCAUAUCUCUUUGUAUAUUUUUGCAGUCAGCUCAUAAUAUGUUUGAUUCAUUUGAUACUACUAAGCAGGGCCGGGUGACUUUUGAUCUCAACCAAUUUGUAUAUUGCACUGCCAAUUGUAGGAUAAAGUAUAUUGAAAGCAAAAGAUAA